AGUUAACUGUUUCCUUCCUCUUUGAAACAAUGAUCAAAUAUAAACACCAUUAAGGCCUAGUACAGCGGGUGAUUUGUAUAGAAUUGGUUUACUUGAACUUUAUUACAUCACUGAGUGCCCCAUUAAGAUACCAUAGAAAGAGCCAUAAUUGCUUUUGAAGAACUCCGGGCAAAUAGUCUGUUGAUAUACACUAUCGAGGUAAAGGCCUUCGUCGUCAUGUACGAUUUAGAAGAGAAAUAGGUAAAUUAGUUGCUGCGUUCAGAUUCGGGUGAACUUGAGGACAAGCUGGGCGCGGGUUAACCGACCUGCGUGGGUCACUCCAGGCUGAUUAGUUUAACCAGGAGAGCUGCUGUUUAAUGGGGCAAACACGGAGCCGCUGGCGACUAAUGGCCGGCAAACAUGGUGAGAGUGCAACAGCUUGUUAUCGCCGAGGGCCCUUCGUGUGGAGACGGUGGACCCACGCGCGAUAAAUGGUGUUAAAUGAUGCAUUUACAGAAGUGUACGGACUUCGUUUUUAAAAGUCAAGACAGAUUGUGGGAACGGGUCUGUCGUUUCCAAGACGACUGCCUCUCCCGUCUCAAGCGUCUUAUCCUGCAAAUCAACCAAUAUUUGCGCCACUGCAUAUCGGUUUAUCAGCGCCAAGGUGGAUAUCCGUCGCUGAUGGCUGCGUGCGUGAGAACAGCUCCACGAGACUAAAGGUUUGUCAUAUACCGCCCUCUUCGUGCGGCAGCGGUCCCGCAGAGUCACCUGUCCCCCGCUGCUGCGGGGGGCAAACACAGCUGCGGGUUCCAGGCCUCCCAAACGCUGCGGUAUUUGCAAAGUGGCACUGAUUUACGCACGGUUGACGGUCGCGCUGAUCCGUUGACUGAAGAAGGAAAAAAAAACUCCCACAAGGUGCACAAUAUCCCGGAGGGGCCUGCGUUGCUUUUGAGCAAACAGUGAAACCAAUGCCCUGAGCGCUGCCGUGUCACAUGGUGACAGCGUGACACACCUGUGCGGAGCUCUAAGGAGGCUGCCAGUUGCGCCACGGGGAGGUGCGGAGCAGAAGGUCCAAGCCGUAGGUGCAUGUGCGCGCAAACGGCCCGCAACCCGGGGUCCUCGGCAGCCAUGAACAGGGAAGACCACUACUACGCGUCGCAGGUGUUUAAAGACUCUUGUGCCUACCAGAGGCCGCAGGGGGAGGACUACAGCCACAGCCCGCCGCCCUGCCUCUACAUGAGCAGGCAGGUCCACUCCGUCUACACGCCGCCGUCUAUGGGAGCCUUGGAGCAGGCCGGCCUUCCUGACAUCGCCUCCACCUACGGUCUGCCCUGCAUGCGCGAGGAUCCAGGUGUGCCCCAGCUCCACCACCCGCAGGGGCUCCAGCAGCAACCCGUCCUCCAGUCCACCGCAAGCUAUGGAGACGCGGGGGAACAGAGCAGAUACCACCUCCCUUUCCCCUGGAUGAAAACCACAAAGUCACACUCUCACAGCUGGAAGGGCCAGUGGACAGGACCUUAUGUGAUGGCUGAGACGGAGGAGAACAAACGCACGAGGACGGCCUACACGCGCGCGCAGCUGCUGGAGCUGGAGAAGGAGUUCCUGUUCAACCGCUACAUCUCGAGGCCGCGUCGCGUGGAGCUGGCGCUGACCCUGAGCCUCACCGAGCGCCACAUCAAGAUCUGGUUUCAAAACCGACGAAUGAAGUGGAAGAAGGAGGAGGACCGGCGGAGGGCCCGGGGGACCGACCCGGAUCAGGACUCCUCCGUCACCUCUGGAGACCAGGGGGAACACGCAGGGGGCGUCUCCUCCACGAAUGGACCUCACACCGGUACGCCGCCGGUCUCCCCUCUACUGGACCCAGAGACCCUGCAUAGACCCGUAUAAUGGAUGGACCACACACCCAGAUCCUCGCUCUUAGGGUGAUCAAACAUUUCUUCCUUCGGUCUCCAUGCCUGCAUUACCCUGUUUGGCCGGCAGAUGGCGCACCGAGACAAAUUAAAGACGACCAGCUAUUUCCCAACGACACAGAUCCAGUUGCACAAAAACGUUUUUAAUUAAAUGUUUAAAUUCAGAUGACGUCCAUUAAUGUAAAUAUGCAUAAUAUGACUUUAAUUUUAUAAUGAUUACGCGUAUAAAGCUACAUGAUAUAAACUGUAAAACUUUAACGAAUGAACCACACAUUCAUUUUGUGGUAUGAUGAAGCACGCAUAAUAAACUGGAAUAAAACAGGCACAAGACA